AUGAGGGUCGAAUUUCGGAAACUCGUCAACAGCGGCUCGCUAUCUGCCUUCUUCGGCAAAAAGUUCGCCUCGUGGCGCCGACUGCGCGCGAAUAAGAUGGCCCUCUCGACCUCAUCGCCAAACGGGCCGCCACGUUUCCGAUUCCGGAAAAAACCACCCCCAAUCGAAGAAAUCCUCAAAAACGAUGACGUGGGGGCGCUUCUGGAGCGUUACUGUCGGGGCCCAUCCCUCAACCCAACUGGCGGAACGAUUCUUCACAAAGCCGUCCAGAAAAAUGCCCUCCGCUGUGUGCGUCUGAUCUGUACGAUGGAGGCCGGGAAAAAACCGUGGGAUACGGUAGAUGGACAUGGGCGGACACCAAUCGAAAAGGCUACUGAACAGAUUCUCGAAGAUCUGCGGACGAUGGCAAAUGAUGGGAAAGGAGAUGUUGAUGAUGGCCAACCAAUCGGAUGGCAUCGUCAAGCUGUGCAGCCACUUCUGCAACAAGUUCAACCUCAGAAAUCGCCCGACUUGCUGCUGUCGUUGGAUGGGGGCGGAAUUAAAGGGGCUGCACAGAUACUUCAGACGCGCCGCAUCUUUGACCCGCGCAUCAAGCGUCCAUCGCUCAGGGCAGAGAUUCUUCGCAACUCCCUUUCCGGCGAGCUGGGUGGUGUCCAGCUGGGAGAUCUUCCAUGCAACUUCAUCUGCACAGCCGUCGACGGGGCCGUCAUCCCCCCGCGGCUACACAUCUUCCGUAAUUACCACUCUGAGGCUCACCCCGAUGAGGAUGGCAGUCGAAUGAGGGUCAUCGAGGCGCUACUCGCAUCUACUGCGGCCCCCCUGCUAUUGCCAAUGUCCCCGAGUGGACUGUCGGAUGGUGGUGUCUUGGCAAAGAACCCGAGUCUCGCUCUCCUCACCGAAUACCAUACUCAUCGACUGCAGGCCGAAGACGCUAGACGGCCUGGGCUUCUCCUCUCGCUCGGCACCGGAUACAAUGAGCCCCGCCGCACCUCCGGAAUCCAUUUUGGCGAUCUGCCAAAGAAUCGCCUUUUUCUCGAUCGAUUCUUCAUGCGCACGACACGCAACCUUUUCGAUGUCUUUGUCAGCCAGUCGACAAGCGGUGACACGGCCUGCCUGGAUCAGGCGGCGGCUUGGUGCCUCUCCACGAAAACGCCCUAUUUCCGGAUCAACCCACCGAAUGUGAAUCGCUUGGCGCUUACCGACACGGACCCCGAACGAUUGGCCGAAUUCCUGUGGGGCGUCAUGGUGUACCUCCGAUCUGUGGCCCGCCCCGAACUCGACCGUAUCGCCGCGUACAUGUCGAAAACGCCUCCCACUCGU